AUGGGAAAGGUCUCCACUAAGGACCCAGCUUCCAUCAAAUACCAAAAGUUCAAUCUGCAUACUCUGAUGACAAUUGAAUGUUAUGCAAUUAACGCAGAGGACUAUUUCAGUGGAUUAAAGGCAGUGUUUCACGAGGACUAUCAAUUUGACAAGGACUCAGAGAAAUAUUUCUACCCCUUCCCCUGCGGGGAUAAUUUCUCCAUCACCAAGGAAGAUUUGGAAAAUGGAGAAGAUGUAGCAAUGUGUCCUAGCUGCUCAUUUGUUAUGAAAGUGAUUUAUGACAAAGGUCAGUUCGUGUGUAGAGAAACAGUUCCAGCACCUUCAACCAACAAAGAGUUAGUUAAAUGCUGA